AUGAAUAAGGGGAAGAAACCAAAAGAACCCACUUACUCAAAUCUACCCAAAAAACGUAGAAACGCGCCACCGCCAAACAAUCGCGAUAUUAUGCCACCUCCUCCUUCGCAAAAAAAUACGGCCGAAGAUGUGUAUAGGCCUCAACGUGUUGAAGAUUUCUUGAAUAGUAUGGAUCCAUUGUUUUUCGAUUCUGUCCCGUCAAGUGUGCAACCGAAUACCGGGUUUUCGGGUUUUGCGAAUGAAACUCAAACCGGGUUUUCGGGUUUCGCGGGUGGUUCAUCAUCACACUUCGCGACUCAGCAGGUUAAAGAUGAAGAAGAAGAAGACAUGGAGGAGGAAGAGGUGGAAGCAAUACCCGAGACCCAAGUCUCGGUUAAAGGUAAAAGAGAGUGUCGAAAUUGGGGGAAGGAUGAAGAGGCGUGUUUGGCAAAAGCUUGGUUAAACGAUUCUGAGGAUCCAUACGUCGGAAACGCCCAAACGGCGGGUUCGUUUUGGAAGAAGGUGAAGUUUCAGUUGGACUCACACUUGAACCGUGAGUCGGGACGUACCCCUGAAAUGUGUCGGUCGAAAUGGAAGGAUUUGAAGCAUAAGGUGUCGGGUUUUUGUGGUAUUUACAAUGUGAAGAAAAGUAAGAUGUCGAGUGGCCAAAGUGACGAGGAUGUGUUUAAGGCGGUGGUGGCAUUGUAUAUGCGGAAAUACAAUAACAAGUCCGGGUUUCCGCAUGUAGAGGCGUGGCAGGUUUUGAGGAGAGGACCGAAAUGGUCGGAGGUUCUUACUUUGGAGGGGAUUUGUGAGGAGUCGGGUAGCAAAAGGGCAAGAACGGAAGGGUCUGUCCAUGUACGUUCAUCAGGGGAGCCGUCGGUCCAUAUUGACUUGAAUGACGACCACUUGGAGCAAGAAGAGGAGGGAGGGAACGACAUGGAUGAUGCACCAGUACAUCAGGCUAGACCCGUGCCACCCCGCCGUAAAGCUGAGGGUAAGCAGGCUACUCCUUCCGCCUCUACUACAUCUGAGGAGUUCUUGAAGAUGGUCGCGGAGUUGAAAUGCGACAAUGAGGAUAAAAAACGAGCUCGGGAGGAGAAGAUGCAGAUGCAGAAGGUGGUGAUGGAUAGCUAUAUGGCGGCGGAGGAGGCUAGGAGGAAACGGGAGGAGGAGAUGACACGGAUGGUCCAGAGUCAGCAACGACAGAAUGAUAUGGACUUCGUGAUCAGGCCACACGAUCACCUCAGCGGGCCGAUGUUGGAGAUGGUUUUGGCGCAGAAACGCGCCCUUUGUGAGCAGUACGGAUGGCCGACGCCUUAG